GAUUCAACGUGUUUUGCGAAAUUGUGAUGUCUGGGAAGGAAGAUAAUCGAAUAUUUGUUGGAGGAUUGUCUUGGGACGUUACGGAACGUCAACUUGAGCAUGCCUUUGAUCGUUACGGCAAAAUUCUUGAAUGCCAGGCGCAAAAGAGUUGCCAUCUUAUGAACUGACAACGAAUUUGGUGAGGUGUUAUUUCUCGUGGUCUGGAAAUAUGGAAUGGUUCAGAUACAUCAUGCAAAGUGUAUAGAUAGGAUGGCGUUCGCUGGCUGUAAUUGUGUGGUACUCGGUAGAUCAGUUAAAGUAAUUUGUUUAAUGAGUUCAAGAAGUCUUGCAUAUUUGCUUCAGUUGAGAAAUCCAAUCUUGCUGCACCUUUGUCAAUGUAGGAUACUUUCUCGGUGCAAUGCAAAUCCCUGUUGUUUGGACAUUUUGUGUCUGGUUGAUGCCUUCACUCUUGUUUCAUAUGCUUUAUGUACUUUCUGCUACCCAUAGCAGGUGGGUCAUACCCACCAUACACCACCAACAUGUUCUGCAUUGUUACAGGUCCUGUGAGUACUGUUGAGCUCAAAUUUUUCAAAUCCAAAGCAUGGGCAUCAUAGACAAUUACUGCUCAGAUAGUGGGUUCAAUUCUUUGUACUGAGAUACGGUAUCUCACCAGUUGUUCUACCUAUUAUAGCUACUAUUGAAGGCCAGAUGUAUUUUUUUUAUUUAGUCAUCGCUUUCUACAUCGGAGUAGAGUUGUUUGGUUGGAAAGGUUUGCUUUGGGUUUGAAUGAUUUUGCUUUUAUCAGUGUAGAUUUUUAAUAAAGAGUCCAUAUGUGCACGAGAAUUGUUUUCUGCUAAAGUUCUGUUGUGUUCAAUAAGUCAGCUAAGGGGCGGCAGAGUUACAUAGAAUGCUAGACAUAUAAGGUUGAGUAUAUUUUGCUUCUCGUGAGGAGAAUAAUCACAGAAGGUGCUGCUGUGCUUAAGAAGUUAAAGCAUGAUCUCCACGAGGAGAGAUGUCAAAGCCAUGCCUAUAACUUUUGAGUAUUUUGGAAAAAAAAUUGUUGCCAUAUAGAUUUUGUUUUGAAGAGCAAUCCUGUCAUACACAGCAUAAAAUUGGAACUGCAACCGAGUGAUCUGGUGACCACUGAAGUGAAAGCAACUCACGGGAUUUUCGUCAUAUACUAUUCAUUUGUGGUUGCAUAUUGUUGUAGUGUUAGUUCUUCUGAUUGAGAAAUUAAUAGUUUCGAACAUAAUACAGUGCUUUUUAUCAAGUAAGUCAGAUGCUAAGGUUAUGUUUGGGGGAUUAGAUUGUUUAAUGUUAAAUCAUGAAGUCAUGAACCAGAAUGCAACAAGCUGAUAUUCUUGCUCAGAUUGUGGGAAUGAUUUUUUUAAGAGAUAUUUGUUGUCAAAUAUGGGCUUGGGUUUCCUCUGAAUGACUUAUCUAAUGAAUACCAUUCUGGUGCUAUGACAUCAGAACACCGAAAUCAUGAUGGAGAGGGAUACAGGACGUCCACGUGGAUUUGGGUUUAUUACAUUUGCAGACCGUCGCGGAAUGGAGGAUGCAAUCAAGGAAAUGGAUGGACGAGAAAUUGGUGAUCGCAUCAUCUCAGUCAACAAGGCACAGCCCCGGAUGGGAGGUGAUGAUGCAGACCAAGGUUACAGAGGUGGCUACUCAUCAGGUGGUAGAGGAAGCUAUGGGGCUGGAGAUAGGGUAGGACAGGAUGACUGUUUCAAAUGUGGGCGUCCAGGGCAUUGGGCCCGAGAUUGUCCUUUGGCAGGAGGUGGAGGUGGUCGUGGUCGGGGUGGUGGUUCAUUUUCUUCACGCCCUAGGUUUGGAGGUGCUGGUGGACACGGGGAUCGCCUUGGCGAGCGAUACAUUGAUGAUCGUAAUGAUGGAGGACGUUAUGCGGAUAGGGACCGUUUAGACAGCCGAGACUACAAAUAUAGUGGCCGCGAUCGCUAUGCUGGUGACAGGUAUACAACUAGUGGCGAUCGAUUUGCAAGUGAUCGAUAUGGCAGUGGCUCAGACUACCCACAAAAUGGUUAUGGGAAGGAAAGAGGCUACGACCGUUACAGCGGUGCUCGUGGAGGAGCUGAUAGAUAUGGAAGUGGAAUGCCAGCCCGUGAUGAAGGAAGGAAUUAUAGGGGUAGGGCUGGUCCUUAUGACCGCCCAAGCAGGACUGCUCGUCCAUCAUCAUUUGACCGUUACUGAUUUCUAUUGUUGCAUUUUUUUUUUUUCAGUGAGAAAUUCAAAUGCAGAAGCAACAUUAGGGGUUGUAGUUGUUGGUUAUGUAGGAACUCCUAGUUUCAGACAGAGCUGUUGGUUUGUAGUUUCUUAGAUUUUGGGUUUGAUAAUUUGUUUCUUUAUUCAGAUCCUGCGACUCGUUACCGAGUUAUUUUCCCUCGUUUGUUUGACCGCUUAGACCUGACUUUCCUUUCAAUUGCAAUUAAAAAUAGUUUAUGGUUGUUUUGCAGCA